UUCACAUCUGCUCAGUGGGGCGACAAGGACGGGGCUUUAGGUGGGAAAGAGGGCAGAAAAAAGUUCACUUUUCCCUGCCGGGUGCCAAGAGAACGGGACAGGACUCAACUUCGCCGGAGCCGCAGCUGUGUGCUACGGACCGAUCAUGGGUGACUGGAGCUUUCUGGGUAAUAUUUUAGAGGAAGUUAACGAGCACUCUACGGUGAUCGGCCGGGUGUGGCUCACAGUGCUCUUCAUCUUCCGCAUCCUCAUCCUGGGCACGGCGGCGGAGUUCGUGUGGGGCGAUGAGCAGUCUGACUAUGUCUGCAACACGCAGCAGCCCGGAUGUGAGAACGUGUGCUACGAUGAGGCCUUCCCCAUCUCCCACAUCCGCCUGUGGGUGCUGCAGAUCAUCUUUGUGUCCACGCCGUCUCUGGUGUACGUGGGUCACGCUGUGCACCAUGUCCACAUGGAGGAGAAGCGCAAGGAGCGCGAGGAGGCAGAACUUAGCCGGCAGCAGGAGCUGAGCGAGGAGCGUCUCCCUCUGGCACCAGACCAGGGAAGUGUCCGCACCACUAAGGAGACCAGCACAAAGGGAAGCAAGAAGUUCAGGCUGGAGGGCACCCUGCUGAGGACCUACAUCUGCCACAUCAUCUUCAAGACACUGUUUGAGGUGGGCUUCGUGGUGGGCCAGUAUUUCCUGUAUGGCUUCCGCAUCUUGCCGCUGUACAAAUGCAGCCGCUGGCCCUGCCCCAACACGGUGGACUGCUUUGUGUCUCGCCCCACGGAGAAGACCAUCUUCAUCAUCUUCAUGUUGGCUGUGGCCUGUGUCUCACUCUUCCUCAACUUUGUGGAGAUCAGUCACCUGGGCCUGAAGAAGAUUCGCUUUGUCUUCCGCAAGCCGGCCCCGGCCCCAGCACAAGGCGAGGGCUCGGCCCCCCUGCCGCCACAAGGGAAGAGCCUGCCCCCCCUGGCUGUGCCCUCCCUGCAGAGAGCGAAAGGUUACAGGCUGCUUGAGGAGGAGAAAGCUCCCGUAACUCACCUCUACCCACUGGCUGAGGUGGGCAUGGAGGCUGGCAGAGGGGCCCCACCCUUCCCGGGGCUGGAGGAGAAGGCGGAGGAGGUGCUGCCCAUGGAGGACAUCUCUAAAGUGUAUGACGAGACUCUGCCCUCCUACGCCCAGACCACUGAGACAGCGGGGGUGACAUUACACGAGGAGGUGGCUGAGGAGGUGCAGCCGGCAGAGGUGGAAGCAGAGAGAGUGGAGGAGGAUGUGGAGGUAGAGGAGGCGGUGAACGGGGAGGGGGAAACUCCAGCGGAGGCAGGGAUGGAGGCCACGGAUACGAUAGAAGACACCAGACCGCUGAGCCGACUGAGCAAAGCCAGCAGCAGGGCCAGGUCAGACGAUCUCACCGUAUGAACCUGUGAGAGAGAGAGAAGCACAUGUACACCUGCACACACCAAAUGUUCAACAUAAGAGAGAGAGCACACACACACCUAACUCAAGACAACGCACACUCUUGAACAGGCAGGUUAAAACAACCAGUGGAUGGAAAACAAAAUCAACAGGGAUAGAUUAAUACCUUUAAGACGCGGGCAACAAUUCUACAAAAAAAAUCUGCGUGUUUGUGAUAAAAAUGAAAUAUAAAAAAGUAGAGGUUAAAGAGAGGAGAAGUAGGUUUUUUAUUAAGCGUGUUCUUAUAUUUAAAAAAUGUGGAAAGGACACAUGCAGGGGGGAAAUGUUUUUACUUGAUGAAAAUCCAUGUUCAAUUUUUAGAAACAUCUUUUUCUAUUGAAAGAGUUUUAAUCAUUUACAAUGGAGGAUUAGACAUUUUUACAUGGGGUUUGAGUAGAUAGGGGAAAGAGAGUUAUAAUAUACUUGUGUGUCUGCAAAUCAGUAAUUUCGCUGUAGUUAGGCACUGACUUUCAUUCCCAUUCAGACAGCGACAUACUGCAAAUGCAGCAUGUGGCUGCUGCACACGGCGCGGGUGAGAGGGCUCUCGCAUACACACAUCACACGACUAAGUGCCGGUACAUUUACAGGUAUACAGCUCUUUGAGAGGAGGAAGAAAAGUCCAUUUUCAGGUUGAGGAAGAGCAUACCUGCUUUUUUUUCCUUUUUUUUUUGCACAUUCAGAGGUUUAGACUCUGUGCAAGGCCUUUAACCCUCAUAACACCUCAUCUAUGCAUCCAUUUACACAGGAUUCUUUCAAGUGAAGAGAGAUGUGCAUCAAUUUCAGAGCAUUUCUCUCCUUUUCAUGUUUAUAUACCAGGUAGCACAGCCAGAGCUGAGUUAGUGAGGAAAAAACAAACCACAAAAAAAGACCACAUGUUGAAUGUCUUUUUUCAAUGUGAUUCUGCAUCUCUUCAUUUUAGAUUUGCCCAUGUUUUGUAGCCUUUAAUGUGUGCUGUGAUAUCAGUUGUCCGUGGCAGAGAGCAGGGCUCAUUUUGCCCUAUCAGAGAAUGAACUAUAGUAGCGACCUCAGGCCAAAUCCUCUCUUUUCGUGCUGUACAAACAGGCGUCCGGGCGAUAAAGAUCAUGCACCAUCAGCACAAAGUAUUGUUGGAGGCGAGACAAUAAAAGAAACCGCGCUCAUCAAUGAAAACAAGCAUCCUUGACCUGGCUGUGAAAAAGUCUUUCUACUUGAUUUUAUGUGACCACGGCAGGUCCUUACACCGUAAGAAAAUAACAAUACUCGUGACAUGCUUUCAAAUACAAAGAGAAACAAACAACUAGGGGCAACUCCCGCUGUACAUAAUGCCCCAUCUCUUGUCUGAUAAUGUACAUAAUGUGCAGAGCAGCUGUAUUUCAAUGUCUGGAAUCACCCAAUUUAUAAAUACGAUUACAAUAUUGAUUUAAUCUCAUAAACCUGAGAAAACACCCCUAAGAAGAGGAAAGGAAAAUUCAAAAUACGAUAAUCUCUUUGUCCAGCCUAUUUCUCCUAGACACAACUGAGCUCAAUGUGACUUCAACAUGAGAUCUGGACCAUUUUUCAAACUUCUUACAUUCGACUCCAGAGGAAUAGCCCUUCUCUCAUUUCAGCCCAAUCCCAGUUUACAAUCUUAAAAUUCUCUUUUCCCUCUCGCACGGCAGUAGUCUUUACUUGUCUGAAAUAAUCACGAAGAUCUAAAAGAGAACUUGAUUGGCUUAUAAAUGAGCCCACCCAAUUUCAGACAUUUGUCUCGGUGAUCAAAUUCAAGUCUCAACUCUGUGUAUUUUAUCUGUUCUCAGAGUUGGAAAACCUCUGAGAAGCCCACCAGCACAACUAAAGAACUCAUGCAGAUUUAUUCUCUUGCUAGUUUCUCCUGAGGUUGGGAAAAACAAAUCUGAAUUUAGUCAUCUCCAAAUAAGGAGCUGAUUUAUUUCUGACAAGAGAAAAUACUACUGUGAGCAGCAAAAUUUUCCUCUGGGCCACGCUGCACUAUUCAUAUAUCUGAGUAAAGAUUAAUUUCUUUGCAAAUCAUUGGCGAGUACUACAAAACAAAGCACGUUAAGCCUUAAAAUAUGCCUUAAGUUUAUCACAAAUCUUCCUCUCACAUUCUCUGGCUUUGUUUCUUCAAACAGCUGCCACUGUAUGAUUUCCUGUGCCUUAUCUGUAAAUGUAAAUUCUCAAAUGUUGUAAGAUUGUAGCAAGUGCUUAUAUUGCUCUGGGACCUAUGUGAAUUUGAUGUUUUAUUUGCUUUUUUUUUUUUUAAAUCUGAGUUUUUGUAUGCAACCCCUCAGCACACACACACACACACACACAUGAACCCACCCACCCACACAAACACAUAAAACAUGUCUCUAUUAUGCAGCACAGAUGGUAAAUAAGUAUUUAAAGAUUCAACAAGAUAAUUUAAUGAAGAUAUUAGGGCAUUAAGUCACAUGUUUGGGGACAUGAAGACACUCACACAGUGCAGGCUUAUGCUGAUGCAUGUGCCUUUGGGCACACAGACAAACUCCUCACAGUGUUGGUUUUGGGGGUAUGAUCAAACGGCUCUAGAGAAACUCAGAGAGAAGGCAGCUGUGACCCCUUUGUGACCCCCAGCCAUCCCUGAGCCUUCCAUAAUCCAAUGCUGUGGAAUCUGAACCAAAAAGAGCCUUCAGUGAAUCACCAAAUUGUGACCAAAUUCAAGCAUUUAAAAGUGUUACAAUUAAAGCAUGACGCUUGUCCUCCUUGUGUACAUUGAUAUGACUGGUAAUGUAUGAUUUUUUGUAUUUUAAGACUGUUGCAUUGCCUGUAUGUUUGUAAGAAGACAUGAUUAAUCUUUGGAAAGAACAAAAAAAAAAAAUCCUUUUUACUAACUUGUAGUCUUCUUUGCUGAUAGAUGUGUGGCAGUAUCUUCUUUUGGA